AUGCCUCCGAGGUUGAGCAUCGACUUCAGCUCGACUCCGGUCGUGGUCUCAGGGGUUGAAUAUGGCUCAAGCCUGGAAGAUGACGUGGUUGGGGACACAUCAGGAUACUACCAGAGGAUGUUGGUGGUUCUCCUUCAGGCGAAUCGAGACCCUGAUGCUAGAAUUGAUGAAGCACAAGUUGAACAAGAUGCUCAGGCUUUGUUUCAAGCUGGAGAACUGAAAUGGGGGACAGAUGAAGAAAAGUUUAUCACCAUCUUUGGAACACGAAGUGUGUCUCAUUUGAGAAGGGUGUUUGAUAAAUACAUGACUAUAUCAGGAUUUCAAAUUGAGGAAACCAUUGACCGAGAGACUUCUGGUAAUUUGGAGCAACUACUCCUUGCUGUUGUGAAAUCGAUCCGAAGCAUACCUGCCUAUCUUGCAGAAACCCUCUAUUAUGCUAUGAAGGGAGCCGGGACAGAUGAUCACACCCUCAUCAGAGUCAUGGUGUCCAGGAGCGAGAUUGAUUUGUUUAACAUUAGGAAGGAGUUCAGGAAGAAUUUUGCCACCUCUCUUUAUUCCAUGAUUAAGGGUGAUACGUCUGGGGACUAUAAGAAAGCCCUCUUGCUGUUGUGUGGAGGAGAGGAUGACUGAGGUGCCAGCCGGAGAGAGACCCCUGCGCCUUGCCUCCCACUGCCACCACGGCCUUCCUUCACAUCUCGCUGCACUUUCUGUAUGCCAGUGCUUGACACAUUGCCUUAUUCAGACUAGCGUGCUAAUGACCAAAACAUACAUGUUGCAGAAGAAAAAUAGAGGUGCUUCUUUCUGAUGUUCAGUUAAGAUCUUUCUCUUUGUUUAUUGUAGUACUGAAAUGUACUUAUGUUACUAAGUCUAACGUCUGGAUCAUUUAUAUUUUCUUUUAAAAGAUGAGACUGCUUUUAGCCUUUUUAAAAAACUUCAUUUAUAUUAAAUUGAUAACCGUAUUUCCUUAAUCGGAACUUUAGCCUUGAAAUUAUGAACUCCUGGAAGUGUUAUUAAUCAAGUUUGCUACCAAAUUAAACCUGAAAAAUUAUAGUGGUUGCAUUCAAAAGAUUAAUGAAAAAUAAACAUUUCCUUCCUCCUGGA